AAACGGGAAGUGAGCUCGUUGUUCUGCACUGUCUGGCUGCGGAGCGGGACGCUCGCGGACCAAAACAACUCUUCCUCCUCCUCUCUCUCUUCUUCCUCCUCGCGGACCAUGGACGGGUGCCAGCGUUUACCUUGUCUCUUAGCCGCUCUGCGAACAUGAGCACCGUCAACCUGUCCACAGUGGAUGGCACUGAUAGACUGUGUGUUUCUGAGCGCGCUCAGUGCAUCCCGUCCCGGGUCCUUCACCUGCGUCAGCUUCCCCUCGACGUCUCCGAACAGGAAGUGCUCGCUCUGGCACUUCCCUUUGGCCGAGUCACUAAACUGAUCACGUUGAAGACCAAAAACCAGGCGUUUUUAGAGAUGGCCUCUGAGGAAGCAGCUGUUACUAUGGUGAACUACUACACAUCGGCCACGCCCACUGUCAGGAACCAGCCAGUCUUCAUUCAGUACUCCAACCACCGCGAGCUCAAGACUGAUAAUCUGGCCAAUCAGAGAGCUCAGGCGGCUCUGCAGGCAAUCAGUGCAGCAGCAGUGCAUUCUGGGAGCAUGGCGUCAGGAGGGAAUGGGCGGGGCUUAAUCCCAGGUCAGAGUCCCGUCCUGAGGAUCAUCGUUGAGAAUUUAUUUUACCCGGUCACGCUGGAGGUUCUGCAGCAGAUCUUCAGUAAAUAUGGCACCGUGCUGAAGAUCAUCACCUUCACCAGAAACAACCAGUUCCAGGCUCUGCUGCAGUUCAGUGACGCCGUGCACGCUCAGCACGCCAAGGCUGCACUGGACGGUCAGAACAUCUACAACAGCUGCUGCACGCUGAGGAUCGACUUCUCCAAACUGAGCAUGCUCAACGUCAAGUACAACAACGACAAGAGCCGCGACUUCACCAGAGGAGACCUCCCCACCGGCGAGCUGGAGCCCACUGCCGCUGCCUUCGGUGUAGCUCUCCCUCCUUAUGGAGCGGCAGCGUUCCCGCCCACCUUCCACCAGCACACAGGUCUGUCGAUGGCUGCUGUUCCCGGCUCGUUGGUGUCUCCCCCUCGUAUGUCGCUGCAGAUGGCGCCCCCUGCUGUCCACUCAGUGCUGCUGGUGUCUAACCUGAACCCAGAGAGCGUCUCUCCACACUGCCUCUUCAUCCUGUUUGGUGUUUACGGGGACGUUCAGAGAGUGAAGAUUCUCUUCAAUAAAAAAGAAAACGCUCUCGUCCAGAUGAGUGACGCCACUCAGGCUCAGCUAGCGAUGAGUCACCUGAACGGCCAGCGUCUCCAUGGUAACGUGAUCCGGGUGACGUUGUCCAAGCACCCGGUGGUGCAGCUGCCUCGCGGUGGCGCGGGGCAAGAGGAGCAGUCGCUGACUCGGGACUUCUCAGGCUCCGCCCUCCACCGCUUCAAAAAACCCGGAUCCAAGAACUUUAACAACAUCUUUCCCCCGUCUGCGACGUUGCAUCUCUCUAACAUCCCCUCCUCAGUGAGUGAGGAAGCGUUGAAGGAUUUAUUUUCCUCCAGUGGAUUUACCGUCAAAGCCUUCAAGUUUUUCCAGAAAGACAGGAAGAUGGCGCUGAUGCAGCUUGCGUCGGUGGAGGAAGCCAUCGAAGCGCUGAUAGCUCUGCAUGACCACCAGCUGGACCACAACCAGCACCUCCGCGUCUCCUUCUCCAAGUCCACCAUCUGACCUUUGACCGUUGACCGUUGUCCACCCUCGACUGCUUUCAGCUUUUAGCCCGUUACCUGCACGUCAGUUAGCCUGUAGCUACACACAAGGUCAUUUGUCCGUGUCGUCAUGAUUUGACGUGGAUUCCGAUAAUUAACAUUGACGAACGCUAAACCACGUUCCGAGUUUGAGGUCGACUUUUCUUGUGUUUCUUUGCAAAUGAACCUCGGAGGUAAAUCUUUUCUUCUUUCUUUUUUUUUAAAUAUAUAGACACUUAAAAAUAUAAACACUAAGUAGUGUGCAGGCUAAAAGGCUAAAGGUAACAUGCUAAAAGCUAAUUUACAUCACAGCUAAUGGUCUGAUAGCUGGUUAGCAUCAGUGCUGAACUUCGCUGGCCCUGUGAUUGACUGACCUUUUACCCUCGACCCUGUUAUCUGACCUUUGGAGCUGACGGACCAAUCAGACUGUAGGGAUUCUGAUUGGUCCAUUGUCAGAACAUUUGGACCAGUGGUUGAGCUCCAACACUCCAACGAUCUGUGCCUACAAACACUCUGACAUCAUGGUGACGGAUGACGUCACCAGGGGUCGUCGCCGUGGUUACAGCGGUUACAGAGCACAUUCCUGAGUAAACCGUGCAGCAAUGAAUUUUGGGUAGUGGGGUUGAUGUGGUGCAGGGAAUAAAAAAUAAAUAAAUAAAUCAGGAAGCGUUUUUUUAAAGAUUAAAAAAAAAAAAAAAAAAAAUGUCAAAGUAAAAGCCCCACAACAGUAAAUAUGGUUUUAUUUGUUUAUUUAGCGUGGUAAACAAAAACUUGCUGCCGUAGUAACGGAACUUAUUUAUUUAGCUUAGUUUCCACUGUAACUUUCUCUUUUUAGUUUUCUCAUUCAAAAUCGUUUACGGUUUUAAUUCCAACGUUGUCGUCAGCACGCGCCGUUUGCUUGUGCGUUCUUUGAUGGCGAUUUUGUUUGUUUGUUUGGUGCAACCUCAAAAAUUCUUCUGUGCCUUAUUUCUCGCAAUUAUUCCGCUGGGUUUACGUUUAGGUUUUAGUUUAUGUGUUGAUCGGACUUUUUUCUUUUUCUCGUAGAAUAUAUUCAUUUAGUUGAUAAUAUUUUUGCUAUUGUCGGUUUAUAUUAUUGGGGUUUUUAAUCAUGAAUGUUUGUAUAGGUAAAGCUUUGUUGUACCGCCCACCUGUCGUACCUGCGUGUGUGUUUAGAUAUAUAUAAUAUAUAUAUAUACAGCAUAUGUGUGUGUGUGUGCGUAUGUAUCUAUAUGUGUGGGUGUGUCACUCUGCGCUGUGACUGGUUGAUUCUCAAAUGUCCAUCCCGAUUUUUUUUUUCUAUUAAAAGUAAUUUAAGUCAAAUUCAGCUCUUUUUAUAUCCCGUCAUCGCUGCCGUUAAAAAAACAGGAAACAAGCCAGAACGAACAGGAAGCUGCCGACGCCCACUUUGCCUUCUGACUUUACCUUCCUCCAGAAGUAGGCGUAUGUUUGUAGUUUAAAGUUUUUUGUUUUUUUGUAUGUACUCCGCUUCAUGUUACAUAAAUUCUUGUGAAGAUAAACAGUUUAGAAAAUUUCAGAUCAUUGAAUCUUUAAAAAAAGAAAAAAAAAUUCGGGGCGUAAACCAACGUUUAUUUGCCUUUCAAUUGGACCAACUUAUUUCCAUAUGAUGACAUCACUUCCUGUUUAAAUGGCUUUCCAAACAAGUUACUAUUAUAUGAUCAUACUUUUUAUUUUUUACAUUGCAAAUUUUGAUUCUUUUGAAGGCAACGUGUUGUUUUUGUUUAUCAGAACUGUGACAUAUUCUCUACAUGUGGGAUUUUCUUUUUUACUGAAUUAAACACUAAUGUAAAUUAUCAUGUGACCACGCCCACUCCACCACACCCCCUUUUUUGUUAUUAUUUACAGUUCUUUAUCGCGCCAUGUGUCCGUGAAAACCCAAGGAAGCUCGUUUACAAAGAGGAAAAAACUACGACACACAAACACAACCUUUUUUAACGAGAAACGGAGAAACAGAAGCAACGAUGGGAAGUUUGUGCGUGACUCCCUUAACAUGUUUCAUGUUACCAGGCAUGGGAUGAUAUUAAAUUUAGAAACAUGUUUUUCUAUCUCGCGUUUGUAAACAGAAAAUAACAUCUUUUAUAAUGCUAGUAAUGGUUUUUGUAAGAGUGGAAUCUUUUUUUGUAACGUUAGUUAACUUUUGUUGUUGAUGUAAAUGUUUUCUUUGACGUUAGCAACGUAAUUAUCAUAACUUUUGUGUGCACAAAUACGGAUUCUGUCAAUAUUUGUGCAUGUUUUCUGAACUCUUACAGAGACAAAGGAAACUGAUGAUAAACUUACUAACGUUACAAAAAAAAGCUAUGGUACCAAAAAAAAGGUACGGAAUGUCAGGACUCCCUCUUGUGGCUGUUCGCUACUUAGCGUGUCGGUAAACAGCAUUUUCAGGUCACACACACACACAACAGAUUUUAUAUCAUCCCAUUCCGAUGUCUACGGAGGCGCAUUGCAUUCACCUCAAAUCAUUUCAUUAAAAAGGCUUUUUUUCGGGUCUGUUUUUUAAUGAGAUUUUUUUUGGGGUCAAAUUCCGUAAAAACACCCUGAAAAAAUGAUUCUGGGUGAAUGCAAUACACUUCCAUAGAUAGCAUACAUAGCCUGUUACUCAGGAGGGAACAUGUACAUUUGACCUUACAUAUAUUAAGCAAUGCAUGUUGCAUAAACCCCCCCCCCCCCCCCACACA